CCUCUUCCUCCUCCUCCUCCUCCUCCCUGCCAGCGGGAGCGCGCCCACGCGCCCCUCUCACCCCCCCGCGCGCGCCGCCCCGCAACGGGCACCGGGGUGGGGGGCGGGGGGGGGGGGGGGGACGGACACACCGCGACGGCACCCGGGGCACCCCCUGCCCGCCCGCCUCGGCACCGGGGAACCCUCCUGAGACCCUCCGCCGGCAGCCUCCACGUGCAGCGCCCUCCACCCCCUGCACCCCACUCCGCAGGGCGCGACCCCCUCCUCCCCCAGCCGUGCAGCCGCAGCCCCCCCCGGGCACCCCCUCUCUGUGUCCCCCUGUGCUGCGCUCCGUCUUCUUCCCCCCUCCUUGAGGCCGCUCUCCAUCCUCUUGCAGCUUCCCUGCCGCUCUCUUCCGGGCAGCCCCCCAGCCAGGCACCCCCAGCAUGUGUCCCCCCACCCCCGUGCAGCUGCAGCCCCCCGCCCGUGCUGUCUGUGCUGCUCUCCAUCUCCUCUCUCCAUGUACCCCUGGGCACUCUCUUGCACCCCAUGACUCCCCCGCCCUGUGCAUCUCUGUUUAACCCCCCUGAAGCCACCUCUCCAUGCAUCCCCUCUCUCCCAGUACCUGUGUGCAUCCACACUGCAUCCCCCUCUCUGUGCUCAGCCUUGCUGGCUGCCCACAGUCUAAUCUGGUCUCUGCCCUCUUGAUGCUGCACCCCAAAAAUCUCUGUGCUCUCACAGCUGUGCUAUGCUUUUUUUCUUUUUAUGUUUUCUUCCUCGCUUCGCCCCAAAUCUUUCCCACAGCCCUUGACACGCUCUCAGCACCCUGCAAGGUGCACCAGGAGGGACAGGCAUGGACACCCUGAGUCCUGGUAGAGCUGGGGUGCCCCUCGUCCCCCUCCACAGCCCCACUGCUGGUGUGUUUUUAGCCACUCUUUCGAUUACUUAUGUUUUCAGCCCUCUUUUUCUCCAUUCUGUGCUGGUUCCUGCCCAGAGGCAUCUGAGCAACACACGUGGAGUUCAGUCCCGUGAUGCUGGGCAGGAUGUCUGGGGCAUCCUGAAACUGAGUCCCAGCUCAGGGGUGUUGUGAGUGAUGCUAAUCGCUAAGUGGGAGGGGUUUUACCCCAAAAUGAAGGACAAGGUUAGGAAUAGUGUGACAACAAAAAUUGGAGUGGUUGAGCUGGAGGCAGCUGAGCAUCUGUGCUGCUGUGAAAACUGAAGUGCUUCUGCUGGUGGCUUUGUGCUGGGCUGGCACAGAGGGGCCAUUCCACCUUGGAUAGACCCUGUGGGCUCCGUGGAGCAGCUGGUGACUGCGCUGGUGGCUCUCCCGCUCCGGCCACGAUGGCGACGCCGGACGUCAGUGUCCACAUGGAGGAGGUGGUGGUGGUGACCACGCCGGAUGGCGCGGUGGACGGCGGUGGCAUGGAGGAGGUGAAGACAGUGCUGGUCACCACCAACCUGUCCCAGCACGGCGGUGACAUCAACGAAGACACUCUGGAGACUGAAAAUGCAGCUGCUGCAGCUGCUGCUGCCUUCACAGCCUCCACAGACCUGAAGGAAGCAGUUCUAGAAGUGAAGAUGGCUGAAGAUGAGGACAGUUUGGAGGCAGAGAUUGUCUACCCCAUCACCUGCGGGGACAGCAAAGCCAACCUCAUCUGGAGGAAGUUUGUGUGCCCUGGAAUCAAUGUGAAGUGUGUGCAGUUUCAUGAUCACCUCAUCAGCCCCAAGGAGUUUGUCCACCUGGCAGGCAAGUCGACCUUGAAGGAUUGGAAGCGGGCGAUCCGGAUGAACGGGAUCAUGCUCCGGAAGAUUAUGGACUCAGGAGAGCUGGAUUUUUAUCAGCACACAAAGGUCUGUUCCAACACCUGCCGGAGCACCAAAAUUGACCUGACAGGAGCCAGGGUGUCCCUGACCAGCCAGACAUCGACAGAGUACAUCCCUCUGACUCCUGCCUCUGCCGAUGUGAACGGAUCCCCAGCUACAAUAACCAUAGAAACAUGCGAGGAUGCCAGCGAUUGGAGCACCAGCAUUGGAGAUGACACCUUUGCUUUUUGGCAAGGUCUGAAGGACAGUGGUCUCCUAGAAGAAGUGAUCCAGGAGUUCCACCAGGAGCUGGUGGAGACUAUGAAGGGCUUGCAGCAGCGAGCACAGGAUCCCCCGCUGCAGCUCGGGGAUGCUGUUUUACUCAACAACGUAGUCCAGAACUUUGGGAUGCUGGAUCUGGUCAAGAAGGUCCUGGCCAGCCACAAGUGCCAGAUGGAUCGCUCGAGGGAGCAGUACACACGGGAUUUGGCAGCUCUGGAGCAGCAGUGUGACGAGCACCGCAAGCGAGCGAAGGAGCUGAAGCACAAAUCGCAGCAUCUCAACAAUGUCCUGAUGACCCUCACGCCCGUCUCUGUUCCCACGCCUCUGAAACGCCCCAGGCUGACCAGGGCCACCUCCGGACCAGCUGCCAUCACCUCCCAAGUCCUGUCCCAGCCAGCACAGCUCACUGUCACCCCCGGCGUCCCAGUGUCCCAGAUUGCCAAUCUCCCUCUUGGCAAAGUGGUCUCGGCCCUCCCUCCUUCGGUGCUGGGGAAGAGCCCAGCCCAGCCCCCCGCUGCCAGCUCCCCGGCCUCCCCUCUGCUGGGGGGGUACACGGUGCUGGCCUCUGCCGGCUCCACCUUCCCCGGCACGGUGGAGAUCCACCCGGACGCUUCCAACCUGACGGUGCUGAGCACGGCUGCGGUCCAGGAUGGCAGCACGGUGGUGAAGGUGGUGAGCCCCUUCCAGCUCCUGACGCUUCCAGGACUUGGCACGACCAUCCAGAAUGUGACACAAAUAGCUCCCAGUGGGAGCACGGUCGUGACUGUCCCGUCCGGUGCCACCGAGGCUGCCGGGGACGAGCACGCUGCCGCCGCCAUCGAGGUGACCGCAGUGGCUGAUGAGGCAGAGCAGAAGUGAGAGGGGGGGACUUGCCUGGAGGGACGCUGGCCGUGCCACUCUGGGGGAAACUGCCUCUUCUCUGGCUGCGCUGUGGGACGAGGAGUGGUGUCACGAGGGGCACGGGCUAACAAGACUCAGAGCGGCUCGUGUUGGGAGCAAGGAGGUUCAGGUCAGAGGGAAGGAGGGGGGAGGAAGGAUGCCUGGAGAAGGGAAAGGCAGAAAUGCUCUGCCUUGUUUGGAGGAGGGAAGAAAAAAAGAGCUUAUUUUUUUAUAAAGCUUUCCUCCCCUGUUCUCUUGGAGUAGUUUUCCUGCUCUGGGUUGUCAGCCCAGCCUUGUUGGCUGGCACAGCUGGAGCAGUGUCCAUCGGAGGAGUGGGCAGGAGCAGAGAGAAGAUGGUAGCAAAAGGAAGCUGCCGAGGGGUCUGAUGUGCAGGGAGCUGGCUGCUCCCUGUCCCUAGGGGCUGCAGGAGUGGAGAGGGAUGCCAAGAGCAGGAAUUCUGUGGAUGUGUACAAUCAUUGACACCAGGAAGGGCUCUGGCAGCAUGGGCACGGGCCCUGAGAGGUUGGGUUUUGUGUGUGACACUGGCUUUGGGUGGCAGAAACAAGUGGGAGCUGUUGUGACAGUGGGCAUGGUGGUUGCCCAGGUCUGCUGGGGAAGGAGCAGGAAGACAGGAACCCAGAGGACUGAGAAAAGCUGUGACUUUGGAGGAUUUAGGGUCUUUUUCUAGUUUUCUCAAAAAAAAAAAAAAAAAAAUCCAUUAUUGGGAUUUUUUUAAGCCAACGGCGAUUUUUAAGCAAAGCCCUGGUUGGGAAGCUCGUUCUGCAUGGCAGAGCCGUGCUGUGGAGUGUGCAGAGCUGAGCCCCACGGCCGUGCUCCACUUCCUCACAAGGGCAGACAGACCCUGGUGUCCCCAGGAUCCCGUGGGAGCCGGACACUGCCAUCCCCUCCCUGCUGGGUUCAGGCAGCCGUUCUGUAACGGGGUGCUCGACCCCCCAGUUCUCCUUCAGCCACCCCACUUGCUGCGACUCGCCAGGUCUCCUGCCAGGGCCUGUGUGUCUCACAGUGUCUCUGGCUGGAAGGAGUUGGGUGCUUGGAGUGUUGGGAUUUCUCCAAACUUGAUCUGGCAACAGCAGCAACGACAGGUCACUUUAUUGAGUAAUAAAUAUUUUUUUGAAAGAA